GCGGCUGCAGCCAAUGCCGCGUCAAUAACUUUCUGCAGCUGCUUUUUUUGAGGACACCUGCAUACAGAAACAAUGUCUGCGACGGCGUAAUUGAGGUAUAGCAUUGUCGACAGUGACUGCUAUAAUGAUACCUUCUCACCCAAGUCACUCCUUCCCAUUACCGUCACAACGAGAUGGCCAGAAUAGGCCGAGGGGGUUUUCUCACCCUCGCCGUCGUCUUUCAUCUGGUGUACCUCUUUUCCAUCUUCGACAUCUACUUUGUCAGCCCCAUUGUCCAUGGCAUGCGACCGUACCGAGUCGAGACUGAUCGAGCACCUUCCAAACGACUGGUUCUCUUCGUCGGUGAUGGCUUGCGCGCCGACAAAGCCUUCCAAUCCUUUCCUGACCCAUCCCCAGCCGACCCGGCCAAUGCAGACCUGACACCUCGACCCCUUGCCCCGUUCCUACGAUCGCGAGUCCUCGAGCAUGGCACGUUCGGCGUGUCUCAUACCCGGGUGCCCACCGAGUCACGACCCGGGCAUGUGGCCCUCAUUGCAGGGCUUUACGAAGACGUCUCGGCAGUCACUACUGGUUGGAAGUUGAACCCUGUGGAUUUUGACAGUGUCUUCAAUCGGAGUAGGCACACGUGGAGCUGGGGCAGUCCAGACAUCCUACCUAUGUUCACCGAGGGUGCAGUCCCGGGCAGAGUGGAUGGAGACCAAUACGGCGAAGAGUUUGAGGACUUCACACAAGAUGCAACAAUGUUAGACAUCUGGGUGUUUGACAAAGUCAAGGAUCUUUUCCAGUCUGCGAGCACAAACGCCACUCUGAAUACCAUGUUGCGCGAGGACAGGCUUGUAUUCUUCCUCCACUUGCUUGGACUGGACACUACUGGCCAUAGUUACCGGCCUUAUUCGAAAGAAUAUCUGCACAAUAUAAAGGUUGUGGACCAGGGUGUCCAGGAGAUUUCAAAACUGAUAGAUGACUUCUACGGCGAUGGCGAGACAGCAUACGUCUUUACUGCUGACCACGGAAUGAGCGACUGGGGCAGUCAUGGCGAUGGUCACCCUGACAAUACGAGAACACCAUUGAUCGCAUGGGGUGCCGGGGUCGCUCGGCCUGAGCUGCAUCCUAACUCCAAAGCCCCCGGCCACGAGGAUGGCUUCUCUUCCGACUGGGGUUUAGACCACGUCCGCCGACAUGAUGUCGAGCAAGCAGAUGUCGCGGCUCUCAUGGCAUAUCUUGCUGGACUGGAAUUCCCUGUGAAUUCUGUCGGUCAGCUUCCAUUGAGCUAUCUCGCAGCUACACCGCAAGCGAAAUCUGUCGCAGCUCUAGUCAACGCCAAAGAGGUGCUGGAGAUGUACCAUGUCAAGGAGAACCAGAAAAAGGCCACUUCGCUAAACUUCCAACCCUAUCCUCCAUUCUCAGCAGUCAAUGCUUCAAUAGCGGACAGGAUUUUGGCUAUCGAGAAGGCCAUAGAAGGCUCUUCCUAUGAGCCUGCUAUUGAGAUGUCCUCGGCUCUGUUCACCGAUGCUCUUCAAGGCUUGAGGUAUCUGCAGACAUAUGACUGGCUCUUUCUUCGUGCUUUGAUCACACUGGGAUAUCUGGGCUGGAUCACCUACGCCAUCACCACGGUUAUUGACUUGCAUGUUCUUCAUGGAGCUGUACCUGACAGUCGAACGACUGGGUCGACCAUGGCCUUUUCUUCUAUACUUGUUUCGUUAUACUCAUUCUUCAUUGUCGAAAAGUCCCCCCUCACCUAUUACGGAUAUGCCUUCUUCCCCGUCUUCUUCUGGGAAGAGAUAUUUGCGAGAAGAAAAGCAUUCAUCUCUGGAUCGCAGGUUCUGCUUGGUCAUAUUCAAGGAGUUUCGGCAUACACAAGCUUGAUGAUCCAAUCCAUUGUAUACUUGGUCAUCAUCGAGGGAUUUGUACAAUCAUACUUUCAUCGGUGGAUUCUCAGCAUUUGUUACGUUCUUGGGGCGGCUUUCCCUGCCAUGUAUGGCGCAGACUUUGUCACAAAGAAUAAAAGCCUCAUUCUUUCAUGGGCGACAGGGUGCCUUGUUUUGAGCACUUUCACCUUGCUACCAGUAGUCAAAGUCGAGGACUCAACGACCAUCACGGUGGGUGGGCUUCUGAUGUUGGGCGCUGGCCUUGCCUAUCUCUACUAUGAGCACGACAUCAAUACACAGUCCCGGUCCAAGGGAUCGGAUUCCGGACCCAAUCUGUUAGCUCGGACCCUUAUGGGACUUCAACUGGGUGUCAUCCUGCUCACCAUCAUUGUCACGCGUUCGAGCGUUGCAUCACUUCAAGCAAAGCAAGGCUUACCCCUCGGUAACCAGGUUGUAAGCUGGCUUUGUCUGGUUGGCUCGAUCGUGCUGCCAUUCGUCCAUCGGCUGUCACCAAACAAGCACUACCUCCAUCGGCUGGUCAUCAUCUUCCUCACAUUUUCACCAUCUUUUGUCCUUCUCACGAUCUCAUACGAAGGCCUCUUUUACUUCGCAUUCUGUUUCACGCUCCUCGCGUGGGUCCGCCUUGAGCACGCGGUUCAAGUCCACAACGUAUCUCAGCAACCUUCCUCGACGUCGAUGACAUCGGCAAACGGUGUGACCAUCACAUCCACAUCGUCAGGAUCCACCAAUCUGCAUCCGGAAACGACCUUCCGUACGCUCGCACUACCCGAUUUUCGUCGAGCAUUGUUUUUCCUCUUCUUUCUGCAGUCCGGAUUCUUCUCGACCGGCAACAUCGCGUCGAUAUCCACGUUCAGUCUCGACGCGGUAUAUCGCCUCAUACCUAUUUUCGACCCGUUCUCGCAAGGAGCACUGUUGAUGUUUAAGAUUGUAGUUCCGUUCGCCAUCAUCUCUGCGGCGCUGGGCAUCCUUAAUCGACGUCUCGGUCUGCAAUCGUCGGCACUGUUCAUGGUUGUCAUGUCACUGAGCGACUUCAUGACGCUGAAUUUCUUCUGGAUGGUUAGGGACGAAGGGAGCUGGUUGGAGAUUGGCACGACUAUCAGUCAUUUCGUGAUAGGAAGUCUGAUGUGUGUAUUUGUGGCCGGGCUAGAAGGCGUAAGUCAGGCGCUCAUCAGUGGCGUCGAGGUCGAUGCGUUUGAAGAUAGGAUCAAAGCUGCUGGCGGGUCCGAAACGUUCAAGGGGCGAGACGGGGAUGAAAAUGGGGCUGCCAAUGGCACUGUCAAGAGUACUUCGGAAGAAAGGCCGGUGAUCGACUGAGAUCGAGACAGUGUAAGGGACUCAAUUGUCUACACGAAAGUGGCUGCCGAUUCCCCCUGUGGAUAGUCCUUUGGAUAUGGCAUGAAGGAAUUGUACAAAAUGCACAAACCAAGAGCGAGUAAUAAUAAGACAUCCAAACAGAGCGAAACAGAGCAUGGCCGUGAGUU